AUGGAGUCCUUAAAGAAUGCGACAGGUAUGGCUGCUCCUGAGCAUACGGAUGAACAGAAGAAACAGUUCUACGAGAGUCUUUCCGAGGAUCAAAGACAAAAGCAAACAUAUACGGAAUGGGUAAAGGAGGCAUACAACGAUCAAUAUGAGAAAUGGAUGCCAUGGAUUGAAGACCAAUAUUUGAGAUGGUUCGGAAAAGGAGACAACAAGGCAUCAUAUGCGACAAAGGAUGCCCUCAGCAAGACCAAAGUCACCGGCGUAUCACAAAUCGACCAAAUACAAGACGAUGUCCAUAACCUUGUCGGCAAUCAGCUUGGGGAGAAUGGUCUGCUAGCUCCAAUUGGAAACUUGGCUGGGAAAGAGGGCAUAAACAGGAUGGAACGAAAUGGAAAAGAUGAAGAUGGUUCCUACGGCGGUCCGACGUCAGCCAUCAGCGAUCCAAUCAUCAAUAAUGCAAAGGGUGCUGGACAGGGAGUUUUGGGUGGCGCACAGAGUGCUGGCUCUGGCUUGGCAAGCGGUGCUAAGAGCGCAGGUGGAUUUGUUGGAGGAAUGUUUGGGGGUGGCCAAAAGGAAGAGCCAAAGCCAUAA